UUGUGACGAUGUCACUUCCUGAUACACCUGUUUCAAUGUGCCUGGAGCACUAUUGAAGUGACUUCUGUACAACAACAAUCCAGCCAUGAAUCACGCAAAAUAAAGAUACAGAAAGAAUGCAUACAUAUUGUCAACGACGGACAUACCAACCAGUGAGAAAGAACAUAUUUCCACAGCAAGUAUGGGUAGCUUAAGCAGACGGUCCUCGAAGACCCAGCUGGUCAGUGCCAUUGAGCUUCAGGAUGUGGAGGUGGAGGAUAACCCAACCUUCAAGCCCAACAUUAAGGUCAACAGACUCCAGACAUACAGUGUGGAGGAUGCAGUGGAGACCAUAGGCUUUGGCCGCUUCCACGUCCUGUUGUUCCUCAUCAUGGGCAGUGCCACAAUACUGGAGGCUAUGGAGAUCAUGUUGUUGGCUGUGGUGUCUCCUGAGAUCCGUUGUGAGUGGCAACUGAAGGAUUGGCAGGUGGCUCUGGUCUCCACGAUGGUGUUUCUAGGAUUCAUGGUGUGUGGUGUGCUUAGUGGAUAUGUGGCUGACCGAUAUGGACGCUGGAAGGUGGUGUUUGGGGGCUUCGUGUGGAGUGCUUACUUCUCCCUACUCACCUCGUUCGCUCCCUCCUACGGUUGGUUCAUCUUCCUGCGGGUCAUGGUGGGCUGUGGUGUGGCUGGGGUUUCCCAGGGGUUUGUCUUAAAAACAGAGUUCAUUCCUGCCAAGUACAGAUCCUCCCUGCUCCCACUGGCCUCCAUCUUCUGGAUGUUGGGCUCCAUGCUCAUCAUCGUCCUGGGGAUGACUGUGGUGCCCACGCUGGGCUGGCGCUGGAUGAUCCGACUCUCUGUCACCCCCAGCGUCUUCCUCCUCCUGCUCUUCCGGUACAUCCCGGAGUCUGCCCGCUACAACGUGUCCGCGGGGAACAUGAAGGCCGCUCUGGAGACCCUCCAGCGCAUCGCCAAGAUGAACCGAGCCUCCUUACCACCGGGCAUGCUGGUGGAACCUCUGGUGAAAGAGCGGGGCAGUUGGCGCAUUCUGGUCGGCCCGAUGUACAGGAGGACCUCACUGCUGCUGUGGUUCUCAUGGUUCGUGGCGUCCUUCUCUUACUACGGCUCGGUGCUGAGCAGCUCUGAGCUGCUGGAGAAGAACCUGCUGUGUGUAACAGACGCCUCGGCAGAUCACCAGGUCAAGCACCGCCAGCAGGGAGAGCUGUGCUACUGCGUCUCUUUUGCCCAAUCGGACUACCAGACCCUCCUCAUCAGCUGCCUAGGCGAGAUCGCCCUCAUCCCUCUGAACAUCCUGAUGUUGCAUCUUUUUGGGCGCAGGAUCUGCAUGGUGGUGCUGCUGCUGCUGGCGGCCAUGCUCUUCAUGCUGGUCAACGUCUGCACCACCAUGGUUGGAUUCACCGUUCUGUUGUUCUUGCUCAGGUCUCUUGUGUCUAUGAAUUUCAACGUGGUUUAUAUUUAUACUGCGGAGGUUUACCCCACAGCAGCUCGCUCUCUGGGGAUGGGCUUCUGCACCUCUUUCAGUCGUAUAGGUGGUAUGAUCGCCCCCUUCAUUGCACAGGUGCUGAUGUCAGAGUCAGUGAUGUUGGCCCUGUUACCUUUUGCUAUUGCUUGUGUCCUGUGUGGCAUUGGAGCAUUUUUACUGCCCAUAGAGACUAAGGGAAGAGCACUUUUGCAAGAAUCCUGAUUUUGAAUAUCACUUUGUACAUUUUAUACACAUAAAAACUCUUUAAAAAUG